UGAACAAGACGCAACAUCGCGAAAAACCCUAAGCCAAGCUCAACAAGUAUAACGCCGCUACGCUAAUCCAAAGAAGAACGUACGGGGGACCAUCCGUCGAAGAAACGGCGCGAGAAUGCGCGACGCCUUGCGUUACGGCGGCCGGCGUCGGUUACGUCGUCGACACCGCGUUCAAAACUUCCGAAAUCAAGUUGCUGCGGGCCAGUCGACGUCGCGGUUUCGCCUUUGUCGGUAAUCUAGGCACCUACCUCUUGCUUUUCUGUUCGGACGUCUCUCCGCUAGCGUGUUUUUUCGCGUUUCUCGGCGCGAACGUUCGGCGUGAUUGGGCGCAUUCUUCGGACGUGCGAAUGGAUAUUUAGUUUUGGAAGUUCACCUGGCAUGAUGGAAGUCCUCAACCAAUAAGUUUAUGAUGAAAGCCGAUAUCUGCGAUUAAAAUGAGUCUGGAUGACGAAUCCAUAGUGAUAUACUGAAAAUAAUCAACAUACAUAUCAACGAUGAUGUAUUGUUCCUGUGAAGAAGAUGUAAGGUGAAUGGAAAUCCCAUGCAGGAAUGCUAUCUUUAUUUCUCACUGUCCCACUCACUUUGAUCUCUAUAACAGGACCCGUUCUCAAUGGCUUAGUUGUUGUGGCUAUAAUAAUUACUCGACAGAUUUCUUCCAUCAAUCACAUACUGCUACUUCAUUUGGGUAUACUUAACAUCGUGUUGGGUUUGCUCUUCCUCAUUUUCUCCGUGCCAAGCUUUACAGUCGACAACUGGAUCAGUUCAGGACCUUUCUGUAAAUUUUAUGGGUUUUUCUUCACCCUGUUGCAUCCUCUGGUGGUCUGGACAAUAUGUGGACUUAACUGCGACAGAUAUUACGCCAUCGCUUCACCCUUACAUUAUGGACAUAUCGUGAGCAAAAAAAAAGUGUUUUUCGGACUCAGCGCUGGUUGGAUGGUAUCUUUGGCCCUAUGUGUUCCACCACUGUUGGAAAUUGUUCCCUACGGCUACAUCGAGGGUCUAACAACAUGCUCUUCAGGUUACAAAUACGAAAAAGGUGUUCUUAUGUAUUCUGCCAUUUACACGAUCUUUACUCUAAUUAUUCCUGCCACGCUCAUCAUUUGUUGCAACUUGAAGAUUCUGAUGAUUGCCCGCUACCACAGGCAUCGAAUUGCAUCCGCAAUUUAUGAAGUCACAUUAUCAGCUCAAGUGACGAUCACACACCAGAGAAAUCCGUUUUUCGUUCCAACAGUAACAGCUCCAAACUCCGGAGGUCCACCAAAGUUCAAAGGAAAGAGUGCAAUUCACGCUGUUUUCCAGUUACUGGGUUCAUUUUUGAUUCUGUAUUUUCCUUAUUACGUCCUUGUCGUGUGGCAGGCACUAUCUGGGACGCUGCCAAGAACCAAAGAGAAGAUCGAGUUACAUCCUUACCUAUAUACAGCAGCAACAGUUCUUCUAGUUACAUCGAUACCAAUCAACGGUUUCUUGUAUGGAGUCAAGAAUAAAACUCUGCGUAAAACAUUCCAGAAUUACUUGAGAAAGAAACAGACCAAAAGCGAAGUAAACCAAGAAAUACAAGCGAGAACGCCAUCUACUUGUGGAUCUCGAAGGCCAUCAUUAACCCCUCUUGGGUUCUUCUCGAAGCCUUCAUUGCAAAGAAGGCUAUCCGAGGCAUUUCUGGAUGUCCAAAACAACAUGACAAGUCCUAAAAAGGCGAAAAUCAAACGAAUCGCUUCCGAUAUUGCAUGGAGACCUUACUCGAACUCAAGCUUGAAUCUUUCAACAACCGAAGAAGUUCCGGACAAAAUCAAACAGACACUGAGCUGUAAUACUCUCCAAAUUCCUCUAGAUACUGAUCCCGUUUCUGUCAUAACUGAGGAAGAAAUUGUCAUCAAGUUGAACAAAAACACCACCAAUACUCGAUCUUCUACUGCUCAUUAUUUGCUGCAAAAAAUCUUCACUGUGGGUGAACCAGAGAGAAGUGUUAAAAAGGCAGCUGUUAUGAAAAAUGUCUUGGAUGCAACUCCGAAAAGAUCUCCCAGAAUCCUCAUCACCAGAGCUUUCUCGGAGGAGAGUGAGAAAUCUAUUCCACACUCUCCUGCUAAAGGUAAUAUAAAUAGAAUCUAUUCCACAUCUUCUUCGAGCGUGUUGGAGAAGAAGUGGAGACAGAUUAAAACCAAAUACGAAGACUCAGAGUUCGACGGUGCUAAAUUCAACCAAACCACCAAGCCUCUCUUGAACAACAGCUAUUCUUCAGGUAGAGAUAGUGACUCAUCCGAUGCAUCAGAUACUUCUAGUGGCAAACUCUUCAUGUCUUUAGAUAACAGGAAGAGCGAUUUCGAUCCUGAACCAAAUGAAGAGCAUCUACUUCUAUCAUGGCCUCUCCAGAAGAAAUACGUGAAAGAAGAAAAUCGAAGAAAAAAAAUUCUCAAACAAACUAUAGUGAACGUUACGCAGGAAAUUGUACUUUAACUAGUCAUUAUUAUUAAGCCAACUUAAAUUAUUAUUCUUCUAUGUGAUUUUGUCAAUGUGAUACGCAUUAUUUUCUGUAUAUAAAUAUUUGUUUUAUGUUAAAACACACACACUUGAAAAUAGAAUCUUUGAGUAUUCUCGUAUAUUGCCCAUCAGAUACAUCAAUCUGAAAUAUAUUUCACUGACAUAUCUCUGAAUUUUUGUUUCUUCAAGUGAAUUAGAUAGUUAUAAAUUGAAUUAUAACACAAGGUGGAUAAACAUAUUUUCUUAUCGAAUCAGAAAAUUAAUAUUUUUCGUUCGUCUGAAUUCGAUUUCGAAAUUAUUAGAAACUGAAUUGUGUUCUGACAAUCUGCACAAAAUAUAGCAAGAUUCAAAUCUUCAUAUUUUUGACCAAAACCUGUAAUGAGAUAAAUUGAAACAUAGCCGAAAUUAAUAUUUCUUAGGUUCAAAAAUUAUAUUGUUGAUUAUUUCGAAAGCAUUUAUUCUAUUCUCUUGAAUGUAUAAAUAUGGGUUGAAUUAGUCGAUAUAUAAAUCCAAAAUGGGUUGUAUUAAUAGGAGCUGAUUUACUCUGUAGAAUUUCUGUCCACUAUUGUGUAUAGAAAAUUAAAAAAAAAAAUUGUUCCACUCGUUGAUAUCUGCAAACUAUAGAUUUAUUGUUGGAAGUAAAGAUAUGUAUUUAUAUGUACUAGUUAUAAGAUGAAUAACAUUCCAUGAUUUGGAACUGGUUUGUUGGAAGACAUUUGACGAAAUAUCUCAGAAUUAUUCUAGUAGCAAUAUACAGGGUGGUCAAUUAGAAAUGAAGGGAAAAUGUUUUGAAAUUUCAAAAUUCUCCACAAUACAACUUCUAAAAUAUUCCUAUUCUGCUGAUGUGAUCUGCUAUCUGCCAGUAAUUACUAACGGUUUUCUGUUGGUCACCCUGUAUAUUCUGAAAUAUAGCCAGAACAUAAUGUCGAAGAGUUGAAAUACCAAUGUCUACAGGGUAAAAAUAUUACAAUCAAAAUGGACGCGAUAUGCAACAUAUCCUGAAAAUCAGUAUUAAUUUAUUCAAUUAUAUGAAUGUUUAGGGCUACAGCUAUCUAAUUUCUAUGGCAAUUAGCACUUAGAAUUAUGUCAUGAAUGAUACUCUUUUGAUUGAUUUGAAUCAAUUCUAGUCAGAAUUAGUUGUAAAUAUGUUUAAGUUUCAUUCACUCUACUUAGUAUAGAUGCCGAUAGUGCAAAUUAUUAUGAUGUCAUCAUUAACGAAAAGUGUCAAAUUAUGUGAUUUUGGUAAUAAAUGUCGAUAAAAGCA